CGGAGCGAGGCUGCAGCGAGCCUGUGCGGAGCGCCGCGUGUCAAUGAGGACGGGCCAGGGCGCGCCCCUGCACUAGCGGCCGAAGCCCAGACGCCCGCGCUCCCGCUCCGGCAGCCCAGGCAGCCCAGCCCCGGCUCCCGCCGCCCCGGCCCCGGCCGCGCCCAGCCCGGCGAGGACAGCACCAGGAGGCGGCCACAAAGAGCCCCGGCGGCUUCUCUCGGCGGACCGGCCGGACCCGAGCGCGCGCGCGAGCCAUGUCGCUGGGCAGAGACAUGGAGCUGGAGCACUUCGACGAGCGGGACAAGGCGCAGCGCUACAGCCGCGGCUCGCGCGCCAACGGGCUGCCCAGCCCCACGCACAGCGCGCACUGCAGCUUCUACCGGACGCGCACGCUGCAGACGCUCAGCUCCGAGAAGAAGGCCAAGAAGGUGCGCUUCUACCGCAACGGGGACCGCUACUUCAAGGGCAUCGUGUACGCCAUCUCCCCAGACCGCUUCCGCUCCUUCGAGGCGCUGCUGGCGGACCUGACCCGGACUCUGUCGGACAACGUGAACCUGCCCCAGGGCGUGAGGACCAUCUACUCCAUCGACGGGCUGAAGAAGAUUUCCAGCUUGGACCAGCUGGUGGAAGGAGAGAGCUACGUGUGCGGCUCCAUCGAGCCCUUCAAGAAGCUGGAGUACACCAAGAACGUGAACCCCAACUGGUCGGUGAACGUGAAGACCACCUCGGCGGCCCGGCCCGUGUCGUCCCUGGCCACGGCCAAAGGCGGCCCCUCGGAGGUGCGGGAGAACAAGGACUUCAUCCGGCCCAAGCUGGUCACCAUCAUCCGGAGCGGGGUGAAGCCGCGGAAGGCCGUGCGCAUCCUGCUCAACAAGAAGACCGCCCACUCCUUCGAGCAGGUGCUCACCGACAUCACCGACGCCAUCAAGCUGGACUCGGGGGUGGUCAAGCGUCUGUACACCCUGGACGGGAAGCAGGUGAUGUGCCUUCAGGACUUUUUUGGUGACGAUGACAUUUUUAUUGCAUGUGGACCAGAGAAGUUCCGUUACCAGGAUGAUUUCUUGCUAGAUGAAAGUGAGUGUCGCGUCGUGAAGUCCACUUCUUACACCAAAAUAGCUUCGUCGUCCCGCAGGGGCGCCGCCAAGAGCCCGGGGCCGUCCCGGCGCAGCAAGUCGCCGGCGUCCACCAGCUCAGUGAAUGGAACCCCGGGUAGCCAGCUGUCCACGCCGCGCUCGGGCAAGUCGCCAAGUCCGUCGCCCACCAGCCCGGGGAGCCUGCGGAAGCAGAGGGGCUCUCAGCAUGGCGGCUCGUCCACCUCCCUGGCGUCCACCAAGGUCUGCAGCUCCAUGGACGAGAACGAUGGGCCGGGAGAAGGCGAAGCGGCGGAGGAGGGCUUCCAGAUCCCGGCCACCAUCACGGAGCGGUACAAAGUCGGGCGGACCAUCGGAGAUGGCAACUUCGCCGUCGUCAAGGAAUGCGUGGAGAGGUCGACGGCUAGGGAGUACGCUCUGAAAAUUAUCAAGAAAAGCAAAUGUCGAGGCAAAGAGCACAUGAUCCAGAACGAGGUGUCCAUCCUGCGGAGGGUGAAGCACCCCAACAUCGUCCUGCUGAUCGAAGAGAUGGACGUGCCCACGGAGCUGUACCUGGUCAUGGAGCUGGUGAAGGGAGGAGACCUGUUUGACGCCAUCACGUCCACGAACAAGUACACGGAGCGCGACGCCAGCGGGAUGCUGUACAACCUGGCCAGCGCCGUCAAGUACCUGCACAGCCUCAACAUCGUGCACCGCGACAUCAAGCCCGAGAACCUGCUGGUGUACGAGCACCAGGACGGCAGCAAGUCCCUGAAGCUGGGGGACUUCGGCCUGGCCACCAUCGUGGACGGGCCCCUGUACACGGUCUGCGGCACCCCGACCUACGUGGCUCCGGAAAUCAUCGCCGAGACCGGGUACGGCCUCAAGGUGGACAUCUGGGCAGCCGGCGUGAUCACCUACAUCCUGCUGUGCGGCUUCCCUCCAUUCCGCGGGAGCGGCGAUGACCAGGAGGUGCUUUUUGACCAGAUCUUGAUGGGGCAGGUGGACUUCCCCUCUCCCUACUGGGAUAAUGUUUCCGAUUCUGCCAAGGAGCUGAUCACCAUGAUGCUGCUGGUGGACGUGCAGCCGCGGUUCUCGGCCGUGCAGGUCCUGGAGCACCCCUGGGUGAACGAUGACGGCCUCCCGGAAAGCGAGCAUCAGCUGUCGGUUGCUGGGAAGAUCAAGAAGCAUUUCAACACCGGCCCCAAACCGAACAGCACAGCAGCGGGCGUCUCCGUCCUAGCACUGGACCACGGGUUUACCAUCAAGAGAUCAGGGUCUCUGGACUACUACCAACAACCAGGAAUGUAUUGGAUAAGACCACCGCUCUUGAUAAGGAGAGGCAGGUUUUCCGACGAAGACGCCACGCGGAUGUGAGGAGCCGCUACCAGGCGCAGCCAGCUCCGCCCGAGCUCAACUCGGAGUCCGAAGAUUACUCCCCGAGCUCCUCCGAGACCGUGCGCUCCCCCAACUCGCCCUUUUAGCCGCCCCCGCACUCCCGGCCCCCGCUUCGCCCUCUGAGACUCGGAGACGUUCUCCCGAGUUUAUUUACGUGAGAGACAGUGUCCCCCGAUCUAUCUAGCACCCCGCGCUCCGACGGCGGAACAGGACGCAUGUUUCCUGGCGUCUGUAGCGACCUCCCUGUGCCGGGCCCGACAAGGACCGGGGUCUGCGGAGACGGGCCCUCGCUGCCGCCGACAGGGUCCUCAGAGGGUUAAGGCGCCUUGGCGACAUUUUUAAACCUAAACUCAACGACUCUUUUCCUCGGUCAAGCCCGUGUGCGGCAAGCACACGCUAACCCUCUGAGGGCAUGGGCCGGGCGGGCACCCCUCGGGGGGUCGUCCAGACCUGGGACACACACACACACACACACACACACACACACACACGUGUCUUGACUUUGCUGCGGAUCCGGGAGUGUUUUCGGAUGCUGAGAUGUCUGGACCAGAGAGGCCCCCAGAGUGGUAACUGGCUUGUCCUUGCCCGUGGGUUUAGAACGUGGCAGGUUCGUGACUUAGGCAUAAGCGCCCCCGUUUCUUCUGCAUAAUCCGAUUCAGAAAGGGACUUUUUUCGUUGGAGGUAUGACCGUCAGCUGCCGUGAGGCCCGCAGCCCGAGUGGGGGGGGGCUGGGUCCGUGGCAAACAGCCUGCCCCCCCCCCGAAGGAAAAUGGUGCGCCCUCCCCCCAGCCCUCCUCCACGAAGAUGUGCUGACGAUGCCCCAGAAAUGCGGCGUCCACCUCAGCCUCGGCUCGCCCGCGGGCGGCCUCCCGCCGCGGCUCGUGCUUGGUGAGGGAGGGUCUCAGCUUGGGACACCUCCAGGAGACAAAACAAAGCAAAUCAAAUAACCAACAACUGGUGGAAAAGAGCAAUACAUUGCCAGGUGCUCUCUAGGGCUGGGGUUCCAAACAGAGAGAGGAGGUGAGACCCUGGUGUUUUUCUCACCUGCUUUUUCACGCCCUGCGUCUUCAGUGUGAGGUCCACACCGUCCAGUCCGCACACGGGAGGCUGGGGCUGGGGGGGACGAGAGGCCAAGGGCUUUGCAAGGUGGCCAAGGGCAAAGCGCAGUGAGAGAACGACCCGGAACAUCCCUAACGUGGCUUUUAAGGAAACGAGCCGCUGGUGAGUGUGCACCGUCACGUUCCCUGCGCAGACUCUCCCGGGAGGGACCGGGAGGAGGGCGGGCAGGCGUGCCCCCCGGGCGACCCCUUCCGCUCCCAAGGUGACCUUCCCACAGGCCACUGUCUGUCGCUGUCCAGAGGGACCCCUCGUCUUCCUCGCCUCUCUGUGGGCCGAGUCCCGUCUGCGAUCCGAGUUUUCACUCCCGCCACCGUUGAGUUUUUUCUGGAAUGCACGGUCACCGUGAUGCUUAGGGCAGAGGCUAGCCGCGGGGCCUCGGAGGCGGGGUCCCGUGUGCUCGGUGUGGGACCCCGGAGAGCCAGUGAGUGACGUUCGUGACCUUCGCACCUGCACGGCUGAGCGGCACUUCCUGGCCCUGUUUGGAGCACGUCCCAGUUCCUGCAGGUGUCCGGCCUUGCCCCGGUCGGUUCCUUACUUGCAGAUGCACGUCGGCCUUCAGCGGCUGACCUUGGCCCUUCCCCUCCUAAGCGGUGGGCUCUCCUGACGUAGACUUUAAGAUCCUAACGUGUCAUGAUUUUCACGUCACGGUGUGCUCAAAGUUUUUGCUCUGCUACACGUAGGUUAUUUCUUGGGUCCGCAUUGCCCUGGCAGGUAAACGGCAGGUCAUUUACCGAGCGGUGCCCCCGGGGAGCCCCGAGACCACACCGCACAGCAGCAGCGCUGAGCAGCCUGGCCCAGUCGGGUGCGGGGUGGGGGCACGGGGCGUAACGCCAGGGAGGGUGUGCGGGAAGGUCCCCAUCGGGCUGUGCCCUGGACUGGUCAGAGAGGACGCUGUCUCAGAAGGACGAAGGGAAGCUCCGCUCCCAGUGCCUCCGGAGUGGCCAGGCAGCUCAGGCCCCCGACUCGGAACCUGCGGACGUGAAGAAUCCCGCGGGCGGAGCCCUGCCCGCGGGGCCUUGUCGCUCUCCUGCCUUUCCCCGGCUCGCUGCUCUUCCCGCCAGCACCCCGUGCAUCACGCCGGCAUCUGGGACUCAGAGCCCGCAGCUCGCGGCCCCGGCACACCGCAGGGGCCCCUCAGCCUGGGGAGCCCGGCGCACGGCUGCGGGAGGGGUGGUCCGUGCCGGACCCCACGCAGUGGCGUGUGGCCUGCCAAGUAGGGAUACCGAGGGGCCGGACGGGAGGCCGUGCUUUCCGCAUCAAGCCGCCGGGACCCCGGACACCAGGGCCGCACUCGAGGUUCCCCGACAAGCACAAGGCCCGCUGGCAACGGGGGGGAGGCUCCAGACGCCGGGCUUUCGGCCCGCGCUUCCUCGUUUUUUCCCCGACAUUCCCGGGAUAGUUCGAGGUUGAAGUAAUUAAGUGGUGGUGUUCUUGAAGGAAUUCCUAUGACCACAUCGCCCUUUUUUCUUUUUUCCAUUUUGUCAUCGAAUAGAUAUGUACCAUGACGGCAGUGAACCUCUGUGAUUACCGAUUCAGUCACUGCCUCACGCAGCCCCCUACUUUUUCCUCUGUAUUUGAUCGCAUUCUUGCCGCCGUGGCCUGGUGGGUGGGGCUGUCUUUCCUUCGGGAACACAGGGCCGGCGUGCGGCAUGUUCUAGGGGACUGUAAGGCCCAGCUCUCCCGCUCCGUGGUAGACGGGCGAAGAAAGAACUCUUGCAUUCCUCGCAUCGUGUACCUCGCCUCUGCAGACAAGGGCCGUUCGCAGCGAUGAGUGCUUUCCUGCCCCUGACGUUGCAGCCGAACCCCUUUCACGCAUCACAGCCAACGAGCCUGUGCUUUGCUCCCCGCCAUUAGAAGGAACGGUGAGGUUUCGGUCCCUGGAGGUGUUUCCACGGUAGCCCUCGCCUCCCUGACGCAUGGUGCACAUGAGAACAAGCAGAGAAAAACGCAAAUAAACGACUGAAAAUGCUUGGUGUUUCGUAUUCGGUGAGACGCGUGUGGGCUGCCCAGCACCACCCGCCCCACCCCUCGGCUUGCGGUUAACAGCCCCGUCAGGUGCUGUGGAAAGAAAGCAAUAUAUACGUGCAUGAAGGCUGCAGUUGCAACCCUUUCCCCUUUGAAGCGUGUUUCAGUUGGGGGAAAAAAAAGAGGAAAGAAAAAUUGGCUUCGCUUAGAGGGUCACGGAGCUACCAUCCGACCAGAGCUCACGCACAUUAAAUCACAGCUGUUUGCUGGCCACGGGCGCCCGACAGGCGACUCGGUCCCCGUGCGGGGGCGCGGCUGGGCUCGGGUGGCGGGGAGCUUUCUCAACGUUACGGCGUUGCCUGCCAGCCCUUCUCAGGGUGACUGUCGCAUUUCCGUGAUAAACUGUUUUCAAAGGUUUUUAAUUUGGCCAUAAAAAGGUGCCCCGGGCUGGUUUCCUCUGCACUGAAGGUCUGACCCGGAGUGAGGGUUCAUCGCCUCCUGCUCUCUGCCCGAUUCUCCUGAGGAAAGAACAGCCAAAACGCAAGCAAGCAAGCAAGCAAGCAAACAAACAAAGCCUGGUACAGCUUCGCCUGCAUCGUCCCUUCAGAACUUUGGAAAGCCCCGAGACCCAAGAUGGCAGCUGAAUGGAAUUAUUCCUUAGGAUGUGCGUUUCAAAAAAAUCAAAUUAGGAGCCACCUGGUAUAUACUGUAGAUAACGUCGCUUUUCUAUAAUUUGUAAAUCACUACAGUUUUCAAUGCUACCUGAUCUUCUCCGUCCAAGCAAAGUUGUUUAAAAGCUCGAAGGUGGUCCUUCCGAGGGUUAGCGUGCCCUGGGUGUUGUCUGCCACUUGCAUUCGGCGUUUGGGAGAGACACCCUCAGCCGAACCCUUGCACUGCAUGCCGUGGGGAGGGGGCAGAUGCCCGCUUCCGUAGGAGACAGGGGUACUCUUUUUUUUAAACUUAAACAUCAAGUUCCAUGAAGCCAAUUCAAGUCUGUUGGGGAAAAGAGUAAUUAAAACUCUCCCCCAAAGUAACCACUUUUGGUCAAUUCAGAUGUGGUGAGGCGCGUGUCGGUGAACACACUUGAAACGAUUUUUGUUUAAAAGCACAUCGACCCACAACCCUUGAGGACACGCUGAUGGGCUUUUCAAAUGGGCUCAGCGGCGCUUGUGCACGAAGCAGGAACACGUGGGUGGGCUCCCAGGGACGGCCAUCGUCACGGGAGUCUGGAAUGUGUAUGUCACGAUGUCCUGGCGGUGGAGGGGACAGUCUCUGAGGUGCCCGUAGUUCAAACACGCGGCCGCAUGCCGAGGGAAGUGUAAGGCCCCGAGCUGGUGGGAAACGGGAAGCUCAGCGCAAGAGGCUCCAGGUGCCUCUGGCGGAGGUGGGGGUUCCCCCCCUUUACUUUCGCUCCCCUCCCCCGCAGCCCCCAUGGUCGUGGUCGUGCUGGGGCUCCAACACGGAAACUGCCGCGAUCAUCUUUCAGGGAGGGCGUGUCCCACGGGCAGGUGUUUGGACCGUGAGGCUCACAGCAUCUUGCCCUCGGGGACCAGGGAGAGAUCUCAUUUCUUUCUUUCGGCCCCGGAGGAAAGGCAGGGUCUGCCCUGAAACCAAACCCUCGAACCUCAACACCCUCCUCUUCUCGUCCGCCGAGAGCCCGUAAUGGUUCUCCAAGCCUCUGCUGUGGGUUUUAAGAGAACGUGGGACGUCGAAAGGGAUGAUAGAGAUGCUGUCCUGUCACUUGCUUCCCGUCCACCUCGCUGCGGUGAGAAAAAGACCUUGAACCGUUCUCUAGGGGCAAUUCCUCACUUGCCAUUGACGUUAAUCUGCGAUGUAUUCUCAGAAAAAAAAAAGUAAAAAGAAAUUGAAACCGGUCCAAGGUUAGGGUCAUAUCCUCGAUAACUUUUUAAAAAUUUUAUGAAGAAAUUAAUAACGGCCUUUUUUCAUUCUGGCUGAAAGGAAAGUUAUUAAAAGAUUAGUUGAGUGUGAAAUUAAAUAGUAUUUUGGUCAUGCAUACUGAAAAGGUGGGCUAGGAACUCGAUGCAUUUAAGCAAGUUUCUGAAAGGUUUCAAUGUGGGGCAAGAAAGAAAGUUCAAUAUUUCCUUUGAAAAGACUGAAUUUGUCAAUUGCUGCAUGGAUCAGGUGGCAUAGGUUAAUUUUUGAUUUUGAGACUCUUAAUGGAAGAACUUUCCAACGAUUUGUAUCCAUGAUUAAAGCUGGAAUGAGAUCCAAUUUUUUCCUAAUCUCUCCGUUUAAGCUAAUAAAUGUAGGUUACUGUGGGAUGAAGUCAUCUGUGGUAUACGAUGUUCAUUUAUCAACUGAGCUUUUUUGAUGUUGCCUGUUUUUAUGUAAACCAUGUUCUUAAAGUUAAUAAAAGAAUAGUACUCGGUGUAUGAA